GUCAAACGACGUCGUUAUUUCCCACUGCCUUGCCUUGCCUUCUCCUCCGGGGAACGAAAAUUUCUCCGCCGUCAAAAGCUUCUGUGCAGCCAUUCAGAUGUUACUACGCCGCAAGUCUCACCAUCUUCACAUCAACACCUUCCCAUUUUCAGCAUCACCGCCAACUCUCAAACCAGACUGGAGAGAAAAAAUCAAACAUGCCCAAUUGGUCAACCAAAUCUCCACCAUUCUCACGCAGAGAAACCCCGCCCACUGGCCCUCACUUCUCAAGCCCUUCCACCUCAACUCCAAUCUCACCGCUCCCCUCUUCCUGCAAAUCCUCCGCAAAACGCAACCCCACCCACCCAUCUCUCUCACCUUCUUCAAUUACGCCAAGAAAAAUCUGGGUUUCAAACCGGACCUCAAAACCCAGUGUAGACUCGCCGUGGUUUUAUCCGGGUCCGGACUUCCCAACCAAUCAAAACCCGUCUUAGAUUCUCUGAUUCAGGCGUACCCAGCAACCCAGAUUGUCAGUUCAUUGGUUAAAGGUACUGACUUUGAUAAAAUUGAUACUUUCUCUUCUCUGUUCAGCUCAUUGCUCGAAUGUUACUGCAAUAAGGGUUUGUAUGUGCAAGGUUUAGAGGUUUAUCGGAGAGCUAAAGAGUGUGGGUAUUUGGUUCCGGUUCAUAUUUGCAAUGCAUUGCUGAGUAUCUUACUAGAGAAAAAUGAGGUUAAAAUGUUUUGGUGCUUCCUUGGUUUGAUAAUCCGAGAUGGGGUUUCUGGAAAUCUGUUGACUUGGUCUUUGAUUGCUCAAGCUCUAGGUAAAGAUGGGAAAUUUGAAAUGAUCAUUAAAAUUUUGGGCAUGGGAAUGCAUAGUCCUGUGAUGUAUAAUCUUGUGAUUGAGGGUUAUAGUAAAAGAGGGGAUUUUAAAGCUGCUUUUUAUAAUCUAAAUGAGAUGUGUAAUGAGGGAUUUAAUCCAAGUUUUAGUACUUUUAGCUUUAUUCUCGAUGGAGCUUGUGAAUAUCAUGACGUAAAAGUGAUUGAUGAAGUUGUGAAUUCUAUGGUGGGAAAGGGAUAUCUUCCCGAACUUGUGAUAGCGGAAUAUGAUUCAGUUAUCCAGAAGUUUGCUCAUUUGGGAAGGACUUUUGCUGCUGAACUUUUUUAUAGGAGAGCCAUGGAGGAGAAGAUUGAGCUACAAGGAACGACUUAUGGUUCUAUUCUAAGAGCAUUUUCUAAGGCGGGAAGAGUAAUGGAUGCUAUUAAACUGUAUGAUUUUAUAGUGGCAAAAAAGUUUGAGAUUAAUGAUAAUAAAUAUUUUUACUCGUUUCUGAAUGUGCUGUGCGAAGAGAACCCAUCAGAGGAUAUUAGCAGAUUGUUGAAAGACUUGAUAGAGAGGGGGUUAAGUCCUUCUGUUGAUCAAAUGUCUAAAUAUAUAAGUUCUCAAUGUGAAAAACGCAGGUGGAAAGAAGCGGAGGAGCUUUUAAAUGUAAUUUUAAAUAAUGGAAUUUUGCCAAACUCUAUCUGUUUUAGCUCGUUGGUGAAGCAUUAUUGCCUUAGUAAGCGGAUUAGUUCUGCUAUUUCAUUGCACACCAAGAUGGAGGUCCUUGAUGGUGCUUUCGACGUAACCACUUAUACUGUACUUCUCAAUGGGCUAUUUAGAGAAAAAAGGAUUGAAGACGCUAUCAGGAUAUUUGAUUACAUGAGAACGCAUAAUGCGUUAAGCAGUGACAGUUUUUCAGUCAUCAUUAGAGGGCUUUGCCUUGAAAAGAAUUUUAGAAAAGCCAUGAGCUUGCAUGAUGAAAUGUUGAAGCUGGGGCUUAAACCCGAUAGAAAAAAAUAUAAGCACUUGAUCUCUGGUUUCAAGUAACCAUCUCUGCUCCACUCACCUUUGUGCUUCUGUUAAGCCGCUUCCCGACUGGACCGCCAUGCUGCUGGCUGGGAUGCUGAUAUUUGUUGCUUGUUGCAAUUUUACCGAACUGUGUAUGACUUCUACCUAAAAUUUCCAUUCUGCACGCAUCUUAAUCUUGGAGCAAUGUUCUGGGAACCCUGGAGUCUAAUAGAGAGAAAGCUGUCAAUCCAAUUUCAUCAGUGGCUCAAGUAUUCGAACGAAGAUUACAAGAAAUGAUGCUGUGAGGACAAGAAUGGAGAGUGCUCCACUUUUUCGUCUCCUUCCUUGAUCUACCAUACUUGCAUUUACUCAUCUUUGAAAAGGAAGAAGAGCGUGUUUGGUGCUUAUUGUAACUCUCAUCGGAGAAGAAAACAGAGUCUGAUUGGGCGCAGGUUUUGGGUCUCUUUCAUGUGAACCAAGAUGAAGGGGACUUUCAAAGCGGGAUUCAAGUAUAUCUCCAGUAUUUUUGGUAUUGUGAAGGAGGAAGAGAUCGAAAUUGGAAUGCCAACAGAUGUAAAGCAUGUGGCACACAUUGGGUUUGAUGGCCAAUCUGCUGCUGGCACUGCACCUACUUGGAUGAGAGAGUUCAAGACCGGACCAGAUUUUGCUGCGUCAUCAAUUGAAAAUAACAAACCAUCAUCUCAAGCUGAGAAUGGUGGCAAUCCAACGAAGAAACCUAAACGAAAGAAGGCGAAGGCGAUGUCCUCUUCCAGCUCCAGUGCCUCCAGAGCAACAUCAUCGCGGGCAACAUCUAAGUCCAAGGCCAAGCUAGUCGAAGAAGAAAAUCCCCCCAAUCCGGCAGAUAUACAGGUCAUCUAAUGUUAAACUCGUCGUCUCUGUAAAUACUCGAUGUUACGUGCUUUGAUUGUCCGUCAAGAAGAGAUGGCAUGGCAGGGCGCGUUGCAUCUGUGAUGAACAAACAUGGAAACCAUGAACCAAGGAUACAAUUACUGGUCCGUCGCGGAUGCGGGAAUGUAAAUUCUGACACUCAGUUUUUUUCUCAUUGUUUUUUUUUUCUCUUUGCUCUUCUGUGAUGAGGAAGAGACUUGUAAAGAUGGAUUUUAUUUAGUUUCUGCUGAGAAUUUGUGCUGAUUAGUUCAUUUA